AUGCUGCGCAGCUCGGUACAAUGUCUGGCGCGGUGCAUGAGCAGGCGUGAAGACCUCGUCUUCAGCAGCAUGCACGGCUUCACGCUGCUCAAGACCCGACGUAUUGAUGGCCUGCACCUCGUGGCGUAUGAAAUGGAGCACGUCCGCACCGGCGCCCUCUACUACCACGUCGACGUGGAGGACAGCAACAACACUUUCUGCAUCGGCUUCCGAACACCGGCGGAGAACAGCAAGGGCACCUCCCACGUGCUGGAGCACACGACACUGUGCGGCAGCCGGAAGUAUCCGGUGCGGGAUCCCUUCUUCAUGAUGCUCAAGCGCUCCCUCAGCUCUUUCAUGAACGCCAUGACCGGCCCCGACUACACGUUGUACCCCUUCUCAACAACUAAUCGCAAAGACUUUCAGAACCUUCUCGACGUCUACCUCGACGCCGUCCUUCAUCCACUGCUGCGCGAGGAGGACUUCAAGCAGGAGGGCCACCGAGUGGAACUCGAGGAGAAGUUGGCGGACAGCGAAGGUGCCGCUUCGCAGACGCAAAAGCGCACACGCCGGCUUAUCAACAACGGCGUUGUUUUCAAUGAGAUGCGCGGCGUUGUGUCGGACCCCAGCAACCACUUUGUGCACUCCGUAAUGCGCACCAUACUGCCGCGCACGCACUAUACCUACACAUCCGGCGGCUACCCUCCCGACAUUCUGGAACUCCGAUACGAUGAGCUCCUGUCCUUCCACAGGCGCCACUAUCACCCAAGCAACAGCAUCACCUUCACGUACGGCAGUCUGCACCCUGAGUCGCACAUGGCAGCGCUGAACUCAUAUUUUUCGAGCUUCGAACGCGCGGUGCCGGUCUUAGUGCCGACGCUCGCGGACCAACAUCGCUUCACGGAGCCACAACUCGUGCAGCUGGAGGGGCCUCUGGACGCCAUGGGCAAUCCACAGCGGCAGAAACGAGUUGCCGUCUCCUACGCGGUACCGAAGGAGAAUAACAAGCUGGAGGAUGUGGUGGCGCUCAGCGUGCUGGAUAGCCUUCUUUCGAGUGGUCCCAGCUCCCCCAUGUUCAAGAACCUGAUCGAGUCGCAGAUUGGCAGCAAGUACGCCCCGAUGCAGGGGUACGCCUUCUACCUGUCCUCCCCGAUCAUCACCUACGGCGUGGCCGGCGUGGAUGAGGGGCGGGCGCACGUAGAGGCUGAGGUGCUGCAGGCGGUGGAGUCUGCUCUCCGCACAGCGCAAAAGGAAGGCUUCGACGAGCGACGCGUGCGCUCCGUUAUCUUCCAGGAGGAGCUGCAGCACCGUCACCGGUCUGCCGAUUACGGUCUCAACACGUGCACCGGUCUGUGUGCGAUGGGUCUGUGCCGGGCACAGAACAACCCGCUGGACUUUAUCGAUUGGCUGCCGCACCUCCGGCGACUGAGGGACGACAAUGCGGCCUCGCUGCUGCCGCGCAUCGAGUCGCAUCUGUUGAGCAACCCCCACCGCGCCGUCGUGUCUGUGUCAGCCAAGAAGGAGUAUCUGAGCAAGUUGCAGGAUCAGCUGAAGGAGGCGGACGAGGUGGUGAACGCGUCGGCGACGGAGAUCGACAAGGACCGGGUGGAGAAAGAGACGAGGGAGUGGCUCCAACGCCUCCGUUCGGCGCAGCCACACGACGUUCUACCCACCCUGCGCAUUGACGAUAUUCCCACCGAGUCGUUUGCGGAGCCCGUGCCGCGUCGCAGCUCUCUCUCGAACACCAACGGCCAGGUGUUCACAAUAACACACCCGACUAAUGGCCUCGUGUACGUGCAUGGACUUAUCCCCUUCCACACAUCUCUUACCAGUGCAAUGGAGCACGGCGAGCUGGCGCAGGUGCCGCAGAACGUAAUGCUGCUGGAAUCACUGAUCGGUCGCACGGGUGCCGGAAAUCUCUCCUACAAAGAGCACUCCAUUGCGGCGAAGCUGGCGUGCAGCGGGUUCGGCUUUGCGCCACUGCUGAAUGAGUCGUACCUGCACAAGAGCACCACCAUCACGGGCACCAGCUACAGCUUCUACACAACCACAGAGCAGCUGAAGGAGGCUCUGGACUUGUUAAGCGUGACACUGCUAGAGCCACGCGUCAACGCCGACGACGCCGAUGUCUACUCCUGUGCGCUGUCGAGACUCAAGAUGGCAUGCUCGUCGGCAAUCCAGUCUCUGCAGGCGGAGGGCAACCGCUACGCCGUCAUCCGUGCCGUAGCAGAGCUCACCCGGCGCGGCGAGCUGCGCGAACACUGGUUGGGGCUCUCUCAGUCCACUCACGCGUCGGAGAUGCUUGAAAAGCUUCAGGGGUGUCCGGAAGUGAGCCGCGAGGCCGUGCGCACACUGCUGGCCGACUACGCCAUCUUUGCGCGGGAGAUGGCGACCGACAUGUCGCGCAGUCUUAUCUGGGCAACCUGCGAGGAUGCGCACCGUGAGGAGGUGGAGCGGAUGCUGAAGGAGUUCCUCGAUAUGUUCCCGCGGACAGCCUCUGCCGCGCGCACGCACCUGCUUCUGCCUCCAAGCUCUGAGGCGAAGGGGAUUCAGCAGAUCAUCAAGAAGCUGCCGAUCGACACGUCCUUUGUGGGACUGGCUAUGCCGAAUGAGUUGAAGUGGGAGAGCCACGACCAGGCACGGGUGCGGGUGGGUUGCACUCUGCUCUGCAACGAGUACCUGCAUCGCCGCGUGCGAGAAGAGGGUGGCGCGUACGGCUCCAAUUGCAGCGCUACGCUCCACGGCGAGGUGGGCGGCGUGUCGAUGUCAAGCUACCGCGACCCCACCCCAGAACUCACUGCCAAGGUCUUCCUCGAGGCUGGCGAUUGGCUCGCCGACCGGAAGAACGUCACGGCCGAACGCGUAAGUGAGGCGAAGCUGCGCCUUUUCUCUUCUAUCGACUCUCCAUAUGCGGCGGACUCGUACGGUGAGGCGUACUUCUAUAAUGAUCUGCGGCAGAGCAGAAAGCAAGCCAUGCGCGAUGCCCUGCUGUCCGUGACACCAGAAGACGUUGUGAAUGCGGCCCACUAUUUCAAGCCUCAAUCCCCCACUAUCAUCAGCAUUCUACAACCCACAGGCGAGUCGAGCGAUGUCGCCGCGGUACAACCCGAGGCCUCGUAA